AUGUCUAUCACCAAGAUUCCGAUGGAGAUUCUCGACCUGGUGCUCUCGGACCUGGAUCUCACCAGUAUCAAAGCUCUCCGGCUGACCAGCCGAUCCUUCAGCACGACGUGCAUGACCCAGUCCUUCCUGGACUCUCUCCGACAGCCGGAAACAGAUCUCAGCGAGGCGAGUCUUGUCCGUCUAGACGCCCUGGCAAGCAACCCCGUACUACGGCAGCACUGUCACACCCUGGUGAUCCUCGCUCCUUACCAUGACUCGGCUGCCCUGGAGAAGAUCAUCGCAAAAGGCCGAGAAACGGGCGUGACCGACAUCGACGGCUCGUUAUUUGUCCCCUGGUCCAGAGAAUGCUCCAAGGAGGAGUUGGCGAGGGCUGCGAGAGAGGUUGCCUGGCUAAAGGGCCAACACGACGCGCAGCAGGCUCGGUCAGCAGCGGAUGCGAUCCGAACCCUGGCAGCGAUCCUGCGUCGCUUCGCAACGCUCGAUACGAUCCGUCUGGAUGCCGCGCUUCGGCAGUCUAACAGCUUCGACCUGGAUUCGAACAACGGUUCCUUGCUCGCCAUGUGGGCGCAGGCGUCAUGGGCGCACGACGUGACUAUGGCAGCCCUUGCCCGGAGCCGGGUAUCCGUGCGGAAACUAGAUAUCUACCGGACGACGACGAGAUGCGGUAUCCCGUGCGGCGACUACGGUCGUCAUCUUGCGGGAUGGAGCGCUGGUGACCUCUCUGCCGUGGGUGGGGGUCUCGAGGCGCUCUCGCUGAGCCUCUCGACGGACAUUGACGAGGGAACUGUCGAGAGGUUCGCGUUCGCGGGAAGGACUGCCACGCACAAGACCUCGGUCUUGGAUACAUGGCUAUCGGUGCAGGCAGAUUACCAAAACUCGAGCCCCCAGCUCCCGGAGAUUACGCGGAUGCUACAGAACAGCCCCAGGCUCUCGCGGCUUGACCUCCGCCUCUACCAUCUCGAAUACGACGAUCUGGAACGCUACGACUGGAUCUUCGAUUCAAUCGCCACCCACGUCCGUCUCCCGGAGCUGCAGGACUGCAAGCUGUCCGGCUUCAUGGUCACGGAGAAUUCCCUCUCCCUAUUCCUGAAAACCCACCCCCGACUCCGGACCCUAUCCCUCCGCGGCCUCUACCUGACGAAGGGAACCUGGCCCCCAAUCCUGGCACACCUCAGCAGCGCGAUGCCCGAUCUCGACCUCCUCGAUCUCUCCUCGCUGUGGACCCGGGAUCCCGAGCCCGAGCCCGAGCAAAAGGCCAACACGGCGCGAGCCAGCAGAAAGAUACACCUCCUCAACCUCGAGCCCGUGUGGGAUACGUCGCGACCGGUGGAUUGGGAGGACGAGCCGACGAGCUAUCGCUGUGUAGACAACGACUUCGUCGUCCACUCGAGAGUAUUCGAGAAGCCGGAUCUGCAGCAGGGAUUGCGGUUUCGGCAGCCGGCUUUGACCGAGCCCAUGUGGGCGGCGGAUGCCCGCGAGUGGGCCGAGAGACGACAUGCGGAGUAUGGGCCGCCUUAUGAGGAAUCCAGCUGGAGCUUCGUAGGCUAG